AUGGCCACCGCAAUCCAGAUGGAUGGAAAGUCGAUGACCAAGAUGCAGCCGGCAGCAGAGGUGAUGGUUGAUGGCUGCACAAGUCACGAACAAGCACAUGCCAUCCAGGAAAUGUUCAUAGAUUGGUUUCCACACGGACUCAAGCUGAUGUUCAAGAUCAAGCCUCGAGCUCAGAAGCUUGAGGUCUCAGUCAACGAGAAGGUCUUGGUUUCCAAGCACCUCUCUAAGCUUUUGGAAGAGGACAUCACCGGGCUGUGGCCAACAGACAAGGCAAAGAUCAAGGCCGAGAUCCGUGGAUGGCUGGAAGACUCUCCGAAAGAGCUGCUUCAAAAAGCAACUCUGCGGGACCCCAGCGUGAGGGAGAAGACAGGGAGCAGCUGGUUUGAAAUCAUAGGCUCCAUCACGGUCAUCCUGUCAAUUGGUGUGGCCAUAUACACCUUAACUUACUUCCUUGCCAUGGGUCUGAAAUCUGGACCAAGUGGUGAGACCGGGCCGCUCGUGGACAACUACGAGCUCUAG